AUGGGUCUCCGUCGCAUAAGCAAUGAAUCAAUUUCAUCGAAUAAUUCGUAUGCAUCAAUCAAUGACGCAGAUCCUUUAAAGAAGCACGAUAAGCUCACAAUCACCCGUGUUGCGUCAGAUUCCUCAAUAGAGAGCAACCAAUUGAAAAAGAAUCCUUUUUUAGACCCACAAGUAGAAGAAUAUUACCGAGAAUUAUACACCAGAUCCGGGUAUGAAAGUUAUUCAGCUUUUGACCCGACUUUUGAAUGGACUGAGGAAGAAGAGAAGAAGGUGAUUAGGAAGUUAAAUUGGAGAGUGGCAUUCACUGCAUGCCUUUUAUUUGUGAGUUUGCAAGUUGAUCGAGGCAAUUUGAGUCAAGCAGUUUCAGACAACUUUUUGGACGACUUGGGAUUAAACACCAAUGAUUUCAACACCGGAAACACGAUUUUUACAUGCAGUUUCUUGGCGGCUGAAGUACCAUCACAGUUGAUUUCGAAAGCAUUGGGACCCGAUAUUUUUAUCCCGAUGCAGAUUUGUGCUUGGAGUAUAGUUGCAAUGUCGCAGGCGGCAUUGACCAACAAAGCUGGAUUUUAUGUCACUCGUUGUUUGAUCGGUGCUUUGGAAGGUGGAUUCAUUGCCGACUUGGUAUUAUGGUUGAGUUACUUCUUUACCAGUAAGGAGUUACCUAUUCGAUUAUCGUGGUUCUGGACAACAUUAUCUAUAGUCGGGGUGGCUACGUCGUUGUUGGCGUUUGGAAUCUUACGAUUACACACAUGGGGAUGGCAUGGAUGGCAAUUCCUCUUCUUGAUUGAAGGUGGCUUCACUUUACUUAUUGGUAUAGCAUCUUGGUUUUUAAUGGUACCUAGUGCUGUUCAGACAAAACGAUGGUGGAAUCCCAAAGGUUGGUUCACAGACAGAGAGGAGAAAAUCGUGGUUAACCGUAUUCUUAGAGAUGAUCCUACCAAAGGAUCGAUGAACAACCGUCAAGCUAUAGGUCCAAGAAAUUUGUUUCACUGUCUUAUUGACUACGAUAUGUGGCCGCUUUAUGUUAUCGGUAUUGUUGCUUAUAUUGGCCUGGGCACAUUGGGAACAUACUUUACAUUGACAAAUAGACAGUUGGGGUUUUCUGUGUUUGAUACAAAUUUGUUGACGAUCCCAUCAACUGUUAUUCACAUCAUUUUUCUUUUACUGAUUUCGUGGUUUUCAGAGAGAGUGGGGGAAAGGUCAUUGGUGUGUUUGAUUGCACCGCUUUAUGCUACUCCUUUAAUGGGUGUCAUCAGGUGGUGGUCAGGCUCAGGGAAGGACAUAUGGGCAACGUGGGUGUUGAAUACAUUGUACUUAGGACAGCCUUACAUUCAUGCCAUUGUUGUUGCUUGGGUGUCAAGAAACUCCAAUUCAGUCAGAAACAGGUCAAUUUGUUCUGCUUUAUACAAUAUGUUUGUUCAAUUGGGUGGCAUUAUUUCCAACAACAUCUAUCGCGAAGACGAUAGGCCAAUGUACAAAAGAGGAAACAUGCAAUUAUUUGUCAUCAACUUGAUACUUAUUCCCAUUUUGUUGUUAGUGAAGCUAUACUACAUCUGGAGAAACAAGAGCAAGGAAAAGGUUUGGAAUGCAAUGAGCGAAGAUGAAAGAAGAGCUUAUAGAGAGACAACAACCGAUGAAGCCAACAAGAGGUUAGAUUUCAGAUUUGAGCAUUAA